GUGAGGUCCAGUGCGGUGAGAAGCGUAUAGCUCGCUCUGGCGUGCGAGUUUGGCUAUGUGUUAACAAAUUGAAUCCUUAACCUCACUUUCUUUAUGAAAUAAUUAUUAUAAUUAUUAUAAUAAAGUAAUUGAAUUUGGAAUCUAGUUUGUAAUAAUAUUAUUUUUGUUGCUAAUAAACUAUGAAUAUAUAAUUUUAUAGUAUUUCAUUUUAUCAGUGCUUACUGAAUGUAUGUUAAAUAAUACAUAACCUGAAAGCGAUAAAUAUAGAAGAAAUAUGUUACGUACAGUAAUAGAUAGAAGAUUGAUCUGCACUGCGUUUUUCCCAUUUUCUUCUUCGUUCGAUAACACUUCCAAUGAUGAGUGGAUAGAUACAUCCAAAGUAAAAAAAUUUUUAAGCAAAUACAGACAUUACUUUUAUGACGAAAAAGGAUACCCGACCAAAGAGGUACAAUCAGUCUUGAACACAACAUUUGCAGGGAGUGCAGCAGGAUUUACCUUGGGUGCAUUACAGAAAUUAAAAGAUGUACCAAAAACAUUCAAACAUGAGAAUCAAGCUACUUUAUAUGAACACAAAUAUGAAUAUCAAGUAAAACUGCAAAGAAGACUUGAGUUUGUUAUGCUUAAAGCAGGUUUUCCAUUUGCCAUGAAACUUGGACUUUUUUGUUUCUUAUUCUCGGGCAUGUCUUCAUUCUUCUAUGUAUAUAGAGGAUACAAAUUUGACAUACUAAAUUCUACGUUUAGUGGUGCUAUAACUGGUUUCCUGUUCAAAAUAAAUAUGGGUGUAAAGGGAUCAGCUGCAGGAAUUGUAUUAGGUAUAAUAAUGGGUAGCUUUUAUGGCUCUGUCACAAAAUUCCUUUUAUGGAUAACUGGAACUAAAAUGAAGAACAUUUAUGAAAUUGAAACCAAAUUAAUGAACGCAAGACGAGAUAAAAUAAAAGAAUGUGAAAAGGCCAUGCACGCAGACGAAAUAUCAGAACUGCAAAUGAUGUAUAUGAAGAAUCGCGAAGCGAAUGAAGCACUUAAUAAUAAGGAGAAAGAGUAAGAAUUUAAAAGAUAAAAAUUUAAUAACGAAUAUAUAUAUCUUAUUAACAUACAUCUAUUAAUUUAUGUAAUUAUUGUGUAAUUAUUACAUAAAAUAUUAUGCAAUAAUAUUUGUAUUUGAUAAAUACAAAACAUGUAUAGAACAUA